UCUUUGGGAGAAGCACAGGGGAGAGCUCUGUCCUGUCUCCAGCCGCUGCAGGCGGGCAUGAUGCAGUCACUGCGCUUCAUUUCUGCUGAGGCCUUGGCGUCCCACCCCCAGGUGGCCCGGCAGAGCCUGGGCGGGGUGGCCCACAACCUCUACCCGCUGCUCUUCAAAGCCAGCUACUUGCUGGAGCAGGCGGAGGUGAUCCGCGUUCUGCUGGAGCACUGGCCGCUGGAGGAGUUCCGGCUGGGUGCUCUGCUGGGCCCCAGCGCAGACCACCCGGGGGACCUGCGGGACCGGGCCUGCAGGGCCUGCCUAGAGGCCUGCGUGCGCGGCCUCGCGGACCACACGCUCUGGGGCGGGGGCCGGCGGCGUCUGCAGGUGGCCGACCUCACGGGCAUCCGAGACGUGCAGGUGCAGGGCUGUCCCUGUGGGAGGGCGCUGGGCAGGUGGGGCCGCACCAAGCUGCUGGCCAGGACCUGCUGCGAGCUGCAGGCGGAGCCCCGUGCAGCCCGGCGCCCCGUAGAGGUCCUCGCCGACAUCUUCGUCACCGGGGGCAACUUCGACUUGGUGGUGCGGGCCCUGGGGCCGGAGGGUCCCGCCCCACUGCGCGUGCGCUGCCUCUCCUUCCGGGCCGACAGCCUGGGCCCCGGGCAGCUGCUGCACGUGCUGCGUCUGGCGGGGCCGGGCGAGCUGCGCCGGCUGGAGGUGGUGCACAACGUGCGUCUGCACGCCGGCCACGUGCAGCAGCUGCUGGCCCAGGUGGGCUUCCCCCGGCUGGUGUCGCUCACCCUGCCCGCCAAGGCCUUCGACCCGCCCCCUACCAGCACCCCCGCCCCUGACGGCGAGGACCCCCUGCUCACAUCCAUCGCCCGGGAGCUCAGCCGGAUGACGCACCUCACCGAGUUGAGCGUGGCCUUCUCCACGCUGACCGGGAAGCUCCAGAAACUGCUCGGCCCCCUCCGGACUCCGCUGAAAGUGCUGGACCUGGGCAACUGCGACCUGAACCACGCGGACAUGGCCUUUUUGGCGAACUGCACCCACGCCGCCCACCUGGAGGUGCUGGACCUCAGCGGGCACUGCCUGGUGGACCUGUUCCCCUCGACCUUCUUCCGGCUGCUGGGCCAGGCCGCCCCGACGCUGAGGGCCCUGACCCUGGAGGAGUGCGGCCUCGCGGACCGGCACGUGGGCGCGCUGAUCCUGGCCCUGGGCCCCUGCCGCCGGCUGCGGGAGCUCCGCUUCCUGGGGAACCCAAUGUCGGCCCGUGCGCUCCGGCGCCUCUUCGUGGCUCUCUGUGAGCUCCCCCGGCUGCAGAGCGUGGAGUUCCCGGUGCCCAGGGACUGCUACCCCGAGGGCAGCGCCUACCCCCAGGACGAGCUGGCCAUGUCCAAAUUCGACCAGCAGAAAUACAGCGCGAUCGCAGAGGACCUGCGCGCGGUGCUGCUGCGGGCCGGCCGCGACGACAUCCGGGUCUCCACGCCCCUCUUCGGAAGCUUCGACCCGGACAUUGAAGAAACGAGCAAUGAACUCGGAAAGCUCUUGCUGCAAGCCUUCAAAACUGCUCUGGAAAACUUCUCCAGAGCGCUGAAGCAAAUGGAGUAGGCCCUGGGCUGUACGAGGCGGCGGCGGCGGCGGCGGCGCGGCCCGGGCUGAGCCCCCGCCCCCGCCACCACCGAGGCAUCUCCUAGUGGCAGCUGCACGCGCAUCCUUCAGGCGCUCCGGGAGCGACGACCCUCCUCCCAGGAGCUGUGACGGAGCACAGCGCCUAGCACGGCGGUGGCGCCGGAGAAGCAGCCCGCGGCGGGCGGCCGUCCUGGUCACGGCGCCUCGGCAGCCGCGGGAGGUGCGGGCCGCAGGGAGCAGGGCGGGGGCCGGGGCGGCUGGACGACCGGCCGGCGUGAGCGGGGGAGGGAGUGAGAGGACACCUCCCGGGCACAGCGAUGAAAGCGCCCAGCUGAGGAGAGAGUAAAACCGAGGGCAAGCCGCAUCCCUUGCCGCAGCGGCUGGGUCCGGGGGUGCAGGGCGCCGGCCCGGCGCCCUCCCGUCGCGGGUGUGCGGCGCUGCCCUGUCUGGAUGUUUACAAACUCCCGUCCAGCGAGGACAUGGGCUUUGGUAGUUGACGGCUCUGCCCCUGCCCUCGAGCCAGUGGGCGGCAGGCGUGCGCUCUGCUGGUGCCAGGCUGAGCCCCGGGCUCCGGCGGCCUCUGGCUCUGAGGGCACGACCGUGGUGCCCCGCCCGCCGCCGCCCCCACUCCCACCUCCACCGACUCUAGGCCCGGCGGGCGGGGGCUCCUGCUGCGGGGCGGGCGGGAAGGCUCCUCCGGGAAGCUGUCUGAGUCCUGGUGCUUGAGGAGUGGUUAAUGCCAACGUCUGGACUUGGUUUCUACUGAGAUCUGAUUUGUGCAGUGCUGAGUAUUAGGGUAAUUAAAUACUAAUAAAG